AUCCUCUACGGGAAGGUGGUGCAGCUGGAGAAGCCCUUUGCCGUCCUGGUGAAGCGGGGAGCCGGCGAGCCCCCCCGAGCCUCAUCAAAACCAAGCUCCUCUUCAAAACCCGCCCCCAAGCUCCUCUUCAAAACCCGCCCCAAGCCCAUCAUCACCAACGUGCCCAAGAAAGUGUGAGGACUCAGGCCGGCGGCCACGAGCUCCGCUCUGCUGCCAGGCAGCCCCGGACGCCACGGCUGGGGCUCGGGGACAUCCAGGGCCGGCCCCGGCCUCGUCCCUGCCCCGGCCGCAGGGCUCCGGGGCCACCUCGGGGUGCUGGGUCCUGCGUCUGGGCACCCAGAGCCCUUCCCGCGUCACUUGUCCCUCCCGCCCCGCACCCGUAGUGGCUCCGUUUCUGCCGAGCUCUGGGGCACAAACCCGGCUGCCAUCUCGGGCGAGACGGGUCCUGGUGGGCCGGGACCUCCUCCGAGCCUGGGCAGGGCUGUCCUACCCCGGGGGCUGCCCUCAGCGCCCGGCGUCGGCAGUUCCCAGCGCGUUGCCAGCUCUGCCUGCGGCGGGGACCCGCGGUGGUGCCAGCGUGCAGAUCGCUCUUCCCCAACACCGUAUGCGUGUGUGUCAUCGUGUGUGUCUGUGUCCCGUGCCCCCCCCCACACACACACCUCUAAAAGAACCCCUGCAGCUGCGGGGACAGGCAGUGGCCGGGCAGGGUCUCGGCACCAGCUACCCUCGAGUCACCCCCACGGCGUUGGGGCAGGGGGACCGGGGCCACCACCACCACCACCCGCCUCGUCCCCACAACGCCACCCUUCCUCGGUGCAAGUCUUUAUUUUGACAAAUCCAUCAGGAUAUAAAAACAGACUCUUCCAAAAUAUGAAAAAAAAACCCGCAGGUUAAAAAAUAAAUAGAUUUACAAACAAUUCGCAGUAAGUAUGAAUACCAAAGAGCUACAAAAGUCUUCUAAAAAACCUCGUAUUAAAUUAAACAAAACCGUCUAAAUGC